UGUUGUUUUGCUGUUUUGCUUUUGGUUGGCGAAUCGUGUUCUGCAGAAGGUGCGCUCGAUUCACGUCAACCAUUGCCUUGUUAUUUUUUUCUUUUCUUUUUUUCCGCAAGUGUUCCCGCUCCAACGGGGUGUCCGGAUUGUAAAACGAUCGUGUCCACCCUUGCGUGGCCCACGUGCCUCAUAAAACCCAGAACAAAAACAUCACGAGUGACUGCUUGGAAAGACAGCACAUGGUCGUGGCUGGCAGCUGCGUUUGCAAGUGGACACGACACGACACGACCCGAGCCAGACCUCUGAGCUCGCUUCCAAACUUAAAACGUUGAAGUGCUGGCCACCGUCAAUUUUUAGAAGACUUGGGAGUGCUUGCGCGAAAACCGACAGUGAGCAUUGCAUUUUGAGGGCUUUUUUAAUUUUUAAUUUUUAAUUUUUAUCUACCCCCCCCCCCCCCCCCUCCCCAAAAAAAGAUCUCGAUAAACUCUCUUGGCUGCGCCAACCUAAAAAAGAUAACAUGUCGACUAACAAAGUGAAGAGCUGCCCUAUUCCCACCAGGGUUCUCACCCUGAAAGACUGGUCUCAACUUCCCGACUGCUACAGCCAGACGCCCGGGGGGACUCUCUUCUCCACUACGCCCGGUGGUACCCGCAUCAUCUAUGACAGGAAGUUUCUCUUGGAUUGCAGAAAUUCCCCUCUUGCACGCACCCCACCAUGUUGUCUCCCCCAGAUCCCUGGGGUGACGUGCCCUGCUACUCACCCUGUGAGCAAGCUGCAGGAUGUCAAAGAAGAGGUUGAAGAGGAAGAAAAGGACAUUACAGAUGACAACCAGUUUGACAUGGACAUCUGAGCUCCAGUUUUACCUCCUGUGGAGAGUCAUCUAUCAAACCACCUCCUUGGUCAGUACUGACCGAAAAGCGUUGCCUAUAGGCUUUUUUUUUCGUUUUUUUAAAACAAAGGCUUUUCUGUGGAACCAAAAAGAAUGGAAACUAGAAAAGUAGGGUGUUUUUGACCCUAAGAAGUGUUUAGCUUAGACAUGGUACAGGAUCGGGUUGCUUGCUCAGUUGAGCGACAGCAGAAUUUGAAAAGAAUCAAUUUUGAUUUCACUUUUUUAUAUCUUUUGUAUAUAUUACAAUGUACUAUGUAUCUUUUUUUAAGUUGGCAAAUACAAGAUUACAAGAUAAUUUACAUUACAGUGGAUGUAAAGUCAGCCUUUGAACUGCAGGCCUUUUUUUUUUUUUUAAUUCUUGUUUUUCUUUUUUGUUUUUAUUAGUUUCCCUUACUGUAUAAGGCACUCUGCAUUUGCCAGUGUCUACUUUCUUUUAAGGGUCAAGGCCUACCAUACUGAAAAUCUGCUCCAAUUUUUAUGGAGGGAUGGAUUAAAUGUGAGUAAUUCCAAAUAAAGGCUGU